AUGAAACAAAGUAUUUGGUUGUUACUUUUUUUUUAUAUUGGUCUAACUAAGGCAUUUUCUUUGCCUGGUUUAUCUCCUACAACUUAUCACAAAAACGAUGAAAUUCCACUUUUGGUGAACCGCUUGACUCCAUCGAUUUACUUUCAGCAUCAAGAUGAAAAUGGUAAAGAUAUUUCAAGUGAUAAAGAACAUUAUCUUUACUCUUAUGAUUACUAUAAUGAAAGGUUUCAUUUUUGCAGGCCAGAACAUGUCGAGAGACAGCCGGAGUCGUUGGGUUCAAUAAUAUUUGGUGACAGAAUUUACAAUUCCCCGUUCCAGUUGAGGAUGCUAGAGACAAAGGAAUGUGUUGCUCUUUGUGAGAAUACAAUUCCCGGAAAAGAUGCCAAAUUUAUUAAUAAACUAAUUAAAAGUGGAUUUUUCCAAAAUUGGCUUGUUGAUGGAUUACCGGCAGCAAGAAAAGUUUGGGAUAGCAGAACCAAAACAAACUACUACGGUACAGGGUUUGAAUUAGGUAUUACAGCUGUUAAGAAUACCAUUGAUGGUAAGGUGAUUCCUAGUACAAUGGAAGAACUUGAUUCGGAGACCUCAAAUACAGGUGCUGCAUUAGAUGCCCGAGAACCUAAAAAUAUAAAGCCUAAUUUGGUUAAAACAGUAGAAUUACCUUACUUCGUCAAUCAUUUUGACAUUGAAGUGGAAUUCCAUGAUCGUGGUGACGAUAAUUACCGUGUUGUUGGUGUCACCGUGAAUCCUAUGUCCAUCGAAAGAUCAUCACCUGACUCGUGUUCUAAAGCGACGAAGCCUCUCAUACUGGACGAGGAAGGGGAUAAUGAGAUUUACUUUACGUAUUCUGUUAAAUUUGUUGCUUCUGAUACAGUUUGGGCUACGAGAUGGGAUAAGUAUCUACAUAUCUAUGACCCACAAAUUCAAUGGUUUUCACUCAUUAAUUUUUCUGUUAUCAUUGUAUUAUUGUCUUCUGUCGUCAUGCAUUCUCUUUUGCGGGCUCUAAACAGCGAUCUUUCUCGUUAUAACGAACUUAACUUGGAUAACGAAUUUCAUGAAGAUUCCGGUUGGAAAUUGGGACAUGGUGAUGUAUUUAGAACCCCAACAAAAUCAAUGCUGCUUUCUGUACUUGUGGGUUCAGGUGUUCAAUUGUUUUUGAUGAUCAUAUGUAGCAUUUUUUUGGCCGCAUUGGGUCUGGUAUCUCCCGUUUCGAGAGGAUCCUUGCCAACUGUAAUGUUUGUUUUUUAUGCAUUAUUUGGAUUUGUAGGAUCCUACACCUCAAUGGGUGUAUACAAGUUUUUUCAUGGACCCUAUUGGAAGGCAAAUCUAAUAUUAACGCCAAUAUUGCUUCCUGGUGGAAUUUUUGUACUAAUAGUUGCAAUGAAUUUUUUUUUGUUAUUUGCGCAUUCUUCAGGAGUAAUUCCAGCAAGUACUUUGUUCUUCAUCAUUUUUCUAUGGUUUGCAGUUUCUAUUCCGUUGUCUUUUGCGGGUUCAAUGAUUGCCCAUAAGUGGUGCAAUUGGGAUGAGCAUCCAACUAAAACAAAUCAGAUCGCUAGACAGGUUCCAUAUCAGCCUUGGUAUUUGAGAACGAUUCAAGCGACCCUAAUCGCUGGGAUCUUCUGUUUUGGCUCGAUAGCAGUAGAAUUAUACUUCAUUUACUCCAGUUUAUGGUUCAACAAGAUUUUUUACAUGUUUGGAUUCUUACUAUUUUCAUUCUUGUUGUUGACUUUAACAACCUCACUAGUGACAGUUUUAAUCACAUAUCACUCAUUGUGUCUCGAAAACUGGCAAUGGCAAUGGAGAAGUUUUAUUAUCGGUGGUUUAGGAUGUUCGGUGUAUAUGUUUAUCCACUCCAUACUAUUUACCAAAUUUAAACUUGGUGGAUUCAUUACUAUCGUGUUGUAUUUUGGAUAUUCAUUUAUUAUAUCUGCAUUAUGUUGUGUAGUCACUGGAGCAAUUGGUUUUUUUAGUUGCAUGCUUUUUAUUAGAAAGAUUUACUCUGCGGUUAAAAUUGAGUAA